AACAUCAUUCACUCGAGUAUAUAGCAUCGCCUCACGGCCCCCAUAACUCCCAACCGUCGGUUCAUCAUCAACCAGUCUCACCACUCCCUACACCUUCUGAACAGAAAUCCAAGCAGUUAAUUGCCCAUCCUUUCCACACCACCCUCUCAAGCACAGACCGAAAAUGGGCGUCCUCACUCCCCCCAAGACCAACGAUGAGUACAAGACGAGGAAGGCUGGGGCUGGUACUUAUGGAGGCACUUCCAAAGGAGGAUCAUCAGGUGGUUCUGGCGGCUCUGGCACCAGUGGUUCGGGCACCAGUGGUUCUGGCUCGGGUAAUUCUGGCUCAAGCAGUGGCGGUCAAGGUACUUCUGGCUCUGGUUCUGGCUCUGGUUCCGGAAAUAGUGGCGGUUCAUCUGGUGGCAAUUCGGGCUCGGGAAGUGGUGGUAAGGACUCGAAGUAAUCUGGUGUCGGGUGCCUGGACACAGGUUAGGCGGGCAGGUGAUGUGAAGUGGUGAGUAGAAGAUGUGUGAUUAGAUGGUUCAGUCACUAGACAGGGCAGUGAAUGAAGUGUAUUGAGUUCA